CUCCUGACGCCGUUUCCGGAGGGGAGGGGAGAGGAUAUAUAAAUGAGGUGACUGCAGCUGCAGUGCCCUGUCGGGGAUCAUCCGCUGAAGCAUUAGAAGAGCAAGAGGAUCUCGGGAGAAGGGCAGGGACGGGCGGAUUAAGCUCCCUCCCGGCUCAGCUUUCGCUCUCGUCCAAUGUCAGUCGCCCAUCGUCACUCACCAGCCGAGACCCACCGUCUACCUCCGAAGCCCAGCCUUCAGCUAUAAAGCCAAUAAACCUCCUCCCGCACCUCCUCGCUGCCCUCCUUUCAGCCUACCGUCUGUUUUUGGAGUCCAGCAACAUGACCCUCGCGGCAGUUUUGGCCGCCUUCUUACUCGCAGCACAAGUAAUUUCACUUCCAGUAACAAAUCCAACAACUCAAGAUGACACUAAGGUGAUGAAAUGCAUUGCUGAGGUCAUUUCCGACACGGUGUCAAAGCCAAAUCCAAUCCCAAUCAGCCAGGAAUGCCUAGAAAUUCUUCAAGGAGAUGAAAGGAUCCGUUCUAUCCUUCGCCAUCAGAACUUACUAAAGGAGCUUCAGGAAAUCGCAAUCCAAGGGGCAAGUGAAAGGACAGAGCAACAAAAGAAAAGUCACGGAUUUGAAGAUGAGCUCUCCGAAGUCCUUGAAAGCCAAAGCAACACAAACACAGAAAGAGAUCUAUUGGACGAGUCUCCAGAUGAGGAUCCUGUUGCUUCCUUGGCUGAGCUAGAGGCAGAGAAGAGUCAGCAGAACAGAGAAAGGGAUGGUUCCAAAGAGGAGGGAAAUAGCUGGGGGGAGAGAGAGCCUAGGGUUCGAGAUGUUGAGUCUGAAGACGACAAGGAAAACGGUGUGGGAUUUGAUAGCAACAAGGUUAGUGAGACUGAACUGCCAUGGGAUGACGCCAUAGACAAUCAUAUCCGCAACAAUGCCCAAGAUGACGAGGUGCCUGACCAGAGAGAAGCAGAUGAAUUUGAAGAAGAGGAGAAGGAGCAUGCUUACCAACACAGCCAUGAGGAAAGCAAAGAGGAAAAUGUCAGAGAACAGAUUGAGGAAGAAGAAGAGGAUGAGGAAGAGGAAGAAAAGGACGGAGAAGAAGGAGGAGAUGAAGAUGAAGAAGAAGAAGAAGAGAAAGAGAGGAACACCUCUGAAGAGGAAAAUCCUCUCAGUUCAGAGGAUAUGGAGGAUCAAAGGGAAGAUGAUAACCAGGACACGAAAAGAUUUGAACAGGAUGAAAAUGCUUCAGGAGAAAAAGAGAAAUACCACCACACAAAAGGAGGAAGACAUCACUCUCUUGAUGAAACCAGGCAGGAUGAUGAUUCCUCCCAUGUUAGGGAUACUGAACGUGAGGAAAUGGAAGAGGAUUCCUCCAGAGCUUUAGAAGAUGCCAAGAAAUGGAACAAAAUGGAUGAGCUGGCCAAGCAACUGACCACCACAAAGCGUGGAGAAGAAACAGAAAGCAGUGAAGACCCAGACAGGUCUAUGAAGCUGGCUAUGAGUUCCCACAAGUAUGACUUCCGCAACUCCGAAGACAACAUGGAGAGGCCACCAAAGCAUCAUUCAAAAGAGGAAAGCAGUGAAGGGGGCUUUCCACUUGUUGCCAUGCCUGAAGAAAAAAAAGAUGAAGAAGGAAGCGCUAACAGGCGGACAGAGGAUCAAGAUCUGGAAAGCCUGGCAGCCAUCGAGGCAGAACUGGAGAAAGUGGCUCACAAGCUCCACGCCCUGAGAAGAGGCUGAUGCUUCCUUGACAUGCGAUGUGAGCAAAAAGCCAGAAGUUUUAAUUCAAUGUAUUAAACCCUGACAUUUACUCUCUCUUUUUUAAAAUUUUAAAAGGGAGUAAGAAGAGCGUGGGCGCAUUUUGCAUAGAAAGCCAAUAUCGCUAGGAAAAACAGCCACCUCUCUAUGUGUAUGUGUGUGUGGUAGUACUGCGCUCCAUCAUUAAUUACUUGUUGUUUGCUUUCAUGCUUGCUUUACUGGCUAUCAGUUUUCUCUUGUAACGUUGGGAUUAUGACAUCACAAGCACUCACAAAUUUUCUAUUGAGAAAAAGGGGUUGUUUGUUAUCCUCCCCCUCCUUAUUUUCCUUUGUUUUAAAACCACGACAGCUUUUUAGAAUGUUUUCCUUUUAGAUUUACUGGAGAAAAUAACUUGCAAUAAUUUUGUUAAUCUUUUGAUUCAAAGAGGAGGAUUCUGACUGUAAUAUAUUCUAUAUAAAAAUUCAGGACUAAAAUAAACACACAGUUUUGGGUUCCUUC